AUGCACGUGACAGCCACCAAGCAGAACAAGACUACGGUCAUACUACCGGACUUGUUCAAGGGCUUUGUUGUUCAGAGUCCUCGCGUCAACAAGGACUACAGUGCAGUCAAGCCUAUCUCGGAACAAUGGCUCUCAGAAAAAUGCCAGUUCUCACCUCGGAUGAAGAAGAGAGUCGAGUUCUGCGACUUUGCUCUUUUCAUUUCUAUUGCUGCUCCUGAUGCGCCGUAUGAGAAGCUCAAGACGAUGUGUGAUUGGGGAAAUUGGGUCUUCCCUUUUGAUGACUUGUUUGAUGAAGGGUCAUUGAAGAAUGCUCAGACAAAAGCUCAGCAUGUCGUCGAUAGUCUCAUGGCAGACAUGCUCGGCAAGACCUUUACUAAGAAGAAGAUUCGGGUGGUACAAGCUCACGAUGAUAUUUUUCGAAGGGUAUCACAAGGCUCUACUACUGGUGCUAGAAGAAGAUUCGCUCUUACGAUGAAGGACUACACAGACGGUGUGAUUCAUCAUGUUAAACACUUCUCAUCAAACAGUAUACCGAGUAUUGAGGAGAUGCUUCACACGAGGCGUCUGUCGUCUGGUGUCACACCGCUGUAUCAUCUUAUUGAGUAUGCCCAUGACAUCAGAUUACCUGAUGAGGUAUUCCAAGACCCUGUGAUACAGACAUUAGAGCGUCUUGGUGUCGACUUCGUUCUCCUAUCAAAUGAUAUCUUAUCCUAUCGCAAAGAAGAAAAUGACGACUGCCCCUUCAGCAUGGUCGCAUCGUGUCGCAUGGCCGGCCAAUCCCCCCAGCAAGCCUUCGACACCGUAGGCGCCCUCCUAGAAGAGCGUUACAAAGAAUGGGCUGCCGUGAUCACCCAACUGCCUACCUGGGGACCCAAAGUCGACGCUCAGGUCGCGCGCUACGUUGAGGGCAUUCAAAAUGUCGUCCAAGCAAAUGUCACAUGGAGGUAA